GAGAGAACUGCAUAAAAGAGGAAGGAAUAAUCCCAGGUCUCUUGCCAUUGGAGCUGCAGGUCCCUGGAAUGUGGAAACCAAGAAGCAGGCUCUGGAGAGUGGAGGUGGAGUUUAGGAAGAUCAGAGGAUAAAUAAAACUGCUGAUGCUCCAGAAACCUAGGCGGGGUGACCAUGGAGACUUUUUCCUCCUCAAGGCGGGAGGAAAGAGCCCUGCGUUCUCAAGCCUCAGCCCUUUCCCAAGAUGCGGAAGACAAAACCAAGUUUCAGGAGCCAUUGACCUUCAAGGAUGUGGCCGUGGUCUUCAUGGAGGAGGAGCUGGAGCUGGACUCCACCCAGAGGAAGCUGUACCGAGACGUGAUGCUGGAGAACUUCCGGAACCUGCUCUCUGUGGGCGAGAGGAACCCCAUAGGAGACAAGGAUGAAAAGGACAUGGAGUAUAUUCAAGAAAAGGAAUUAAGAUUGCUUUUGCACAGAGAGCUCUCCUACUGGAAAAUCUUGGAACAGGUGGCUGGUGAAUUAACUCGGAAUCAAAACCAUAGAGUAAAUCUUCAAAGGAUGGAUUUCCAGUUCUCAGAAGAUGCUUCUCUCUCUCAAGCGGGGAAAGGAGCAUCUACUCAGGGUUCUCAAAUGGAAAAUUUGGUAGACAGUCUUCAAGGGGAUGGGUCCAUCAAUUUAGAAAAUCAAGAGUUUCCAGCCUGCAAAGCUGUGACACCCGUCUCCAUUCAAGAAUCUUGGAUAAAAGCCUUUGUGAAUGAGCCAUGGAAUGUUCAGGAAAGGUGUAAAAAAGUCGACCUGGAAGAUACAAUAUAUAAAUGUGACUGGGGUGAUUAUGGCUUCAGGAUAUCAUGCAGUCAUGAUGACCACAGAAAACCUGAAAGAGGGAAACCACGUAACUGUGAUAAAUGUAGAGAAAACUGCAUUAAAAAGUCAGUACUUCAACACCCUAACUCCAGAGAGAACGGCUUUAAAAGAAAUGAACGUGGAAAUGGCCUCAGGGAUGAAUCAAACCUUCCCACUCAGCCAAGGGUGCCCUUGAAAGAGAAACCCUAUAAAUAUCAAGAGUUUGCUAAGAGCUUGAGGCCAGGUGCCUGUCUGGAGAGACCUCAAAGAAUCCCCACAGGAGACAAAUCCUUUAAAAAUACCGAGCAUGGUUGGGUCUUCAGGCAGAACACACACCUUCACAGCCUCCCCAGGGCCCACGCGGGAGACACGCCCUAUGGAUGCGAUGUCUGCGGCAAGGGGUUCAGGUAUAAAUCAGUCCUUCUCAUUCACCAGGGAGUGCACACGGGAGAGAAACCUUAUAAAUGCGAGGAGGGCGGCAAGGCCUUCGGGCGAAGCUCCAACCUGCUUGUCCAUCAGCGGGUCCCCACCGGGGAGAAACCGUAUAAAUGCAGCAAGUGCAGGAAAGGCUUCAGCUACAGCUCGGUGCUUCAGGUCCAUCAGAGGCUGCACACGGGGGAGAAGCCCUACACAUGCGGCGAGCGUGGCAGAGGAUUCUAUGCUAAGUGCACCUUAUGUAAGCAUCAGCAUGUCCACCUGGGGGAGAAGCCCCAUAGCUGUGUCAAAUGCCGGAAGGGAUUCAGUUGUAGCUUGCAUCUCAGCAGUCAUCAGAAAACGCACCCAGGAGAGAAACCCUACCAGUGUGACCAGUGCGACAAGGGUUUCAGUCACAACUCGCACCUCCAGGCUCACCAGAGGGUUCACGCGGGUCAGCGCCUCUACAAGUGUGAUGUGUGUGGGAAGAGCUUCAGCUACAGCUCUGGGCUUCUCACACAUCAGAGGCUGCAUACGAGAGAGAAGCCCUACAGAUGCGAGUGUGGGAAAGGCUUCAGCCGAAGCUCAGACCUCCACGUCCAUCAGAGGGUCCACACGGGAGAGAAGCCCUACAGAUGCACCAAGUGUGGGAAAGGCUUCCGGCGGAAUUCAGACCUUCACAGUCACCAGAGGGUCCACACGGGGGAGAGGCCCUACGUCUGUGACGUGUGUGGGAAGGGCUUCAUUUACAGCUCUGAUCUCCUCAUCCUUCAGAGGGUCCACACGGGAGAGAAACCCUAUAAAUGCACCGAGUGCAGCAAAGGCUUCAGUUACAGCUCAGGGCUUCUCAUCCACCACAGGGUCCACACGGGCGAGAGACCAUACCGAUGCAGAUGGGGCAAGAGAUUCAGCUAUGGUUCCAACCUUCUUACCCACCAGACACUGCACAUGGGAGAGAAGCCCUACACUUGUUACGAAUGUGGAAAGGGCUUCCGGUACGGCUCAGGUCUCCUCAGUCAUAAGAGAGUGCACACUGGAGAGAAACCCUAUAGAUGUGAUGUGUGCGGGAAGGGCUACAGUCAGAGCUCACAUCUCCAAGGCCAUCAGAGGGUCCACACUAGCGAGAAGCCCUAUAAAUGCAAGGAGUGUGGGAAGGGCUUUGGUCAAAGCUCCUGUCUCCAUGUCCAUCAGAGGGUCCACACUGGAGAGAAGCCCUACAAGUGUGCAGAGUGUGGGAAAGGCUUCAGUUAUAGCUCAGGAAACUGUGACCUUCAAGGACGUGGCUGUGGUCUUCACCCAGGAAAAGCUGGUGCUAUUGGACUCCACCCAGAUAAACCUUACCAAGACGUGAUGCUGGAGAACUUCAGGAACCUGGUCUCUGUGGGUGAGUUCAGCGACCUCCCUAUUUGGAAACGAAGGAUCAGUGAAUUGAGUGUGAGUCAGGAUUAUGUCAUGAGUCUUCAAGGAGAUUGUCCCCAUUAUUUCGAAGGAGAUGUUUCCCUCUGUGAAGAGUGGGCAGGAGUGUCUGAAAAUGAAAGGUGUAAUAACUAUAGAAUGGGUUUCAUAGAUGGUGCAAAAGCUCAUGUUCAUCACAGCGCUCACACAGGAGAAAAAUCUUAUAAAUAUGACCAGUGUGGAAAGGACUUUAGUCAGAGCUCUGGACUUACUCGCAGUUCUUCUCUUCACAACCAUCACCGAGUCCACACGGGGGAGAUGCCUUACACGUGUGACAUGUGUGGGAAGGGGUUCGGAUUCAGGUCGCUUCUGUGUAUCCACCAGGGAGUCCACACAGGGAAAAGGCCCUAUAUAUGCACAGAGUGUGGGAAGGGCUUCGAUCAGAGCUCCAACCUUCUUGUCCAUCAGAGGGUCCACACUGGAGAGAAACUCUACAAAUGCAGCAAGUGCAGCAAAUGCUUCAGCUCCAGCUCCGUCCUCCAAGUCCACUGGAGGCUGCACGUGGGGGAGAAGCCUUACAGCUGUGGCAAGUGUGGAAAGGGCUUCAGCCAAAGCACACACCUGCACAUUCACCAGAUCCACACGGGGGAGAAACCCUACAAAUGCGAAGUAUGCAGGAAGGCUUUCGCCUACAGCUCGUUUCUGCACACUUACCGGAGAGUUCACCCGGGAGAAAAGCCGUGCACGUGCCAAGUGUGCGGUAAGGGCUUCAGUUACAGCUCCUAUUUUCACUUACAUCAGAGAGAUCACACCCGAGAGAAACCGCAUAAAUGUGACGAGUGUGGGAAGGGCUUCAUUCGGAACUCCGAUCUUCACGUUCAUCUCAGAGUCCGCACAGGAGAGAGGCCCUGUAAGUGUAAAGAAUGCGGGAAGGGCUUCCGUCGUAACUCUUAUCCUCUUGCCCGUCAGACAGCACAUAGGGAUGAGAUGGACUAUGCAUGUCAUGAGCAUGGCAAGGCUCAGGAAAUACGUAGCUCAGACCUUACUCAGCCAAGACUGCACAAGAGAACAGAAACAUUAGAAAUGUAG